AUGGAGCCUGCGGUGUGGGAUGCGAUCAUAUCACUCAGUGCACUCUACGAACGUCCACCUCUUCACGAAACACCCCCGUUCUGGCUUAUCAAUGCCCCAGCGGUGGUACGAAGUCAAACCCACCGCGAGGCACUGGUGUGGUAUUCGCGCUCCCUGGCCGUCUUACAGCAGCGGAUCAACCAAGGCACUGCAAAUUUGGGAGUGUCUUUAAUCAGCUGUAUUUUGUUCAUUGCAAUCGAGCUUCUCCAGGGGAAUCGAAAAGCGGCUUUGGGGUUAUACAAACAGGGAGCCCAGCUCCUGAUCAAUGCCGACCGUGGGCCCUGGAUCACCACUCUUACGCCAAUCUUUCGUCGCAUAGGCACAUGGGUCUUCAUCAAUGAUGGAACUCUCAAUGAAAACUGGGACCUCAAUAUGACUGUUCCCAGUGGGCGCUUUGUGUCUAUUGACGAAGCCAGAAACGUCCUCUGUGGGAUUGUUGCUGAAAUGAAGACCCUGGAUAAUGCUACAAAGUGUCAUUGGAAACAAGCAGCGGCGAGCCGCAAAUACCAGGUUCUUGCACUCGAGACUCAACGCGAUCAUCUAAGACGACAACUUGAUCGUUGGCACCGACUUUUCAUGUCUUUCAAAUCUUCGGAUACAUCCGACUCCCAAGACGCCAUUGGUACCGUCGACGGCGCAAGCGCCCUUCUUCUCAUGACCUAUACAAGUGUUCUUAUCGAAAUUGAAACCAUCCUCGAUACUGAUCAAGCCGCAUAUGAUGAACACGAACUUGAGUUCCAAAAAAUCCUCGAAUAUGCGACCACAGCCAUUGCAGCGACCCGAAAUCCAGACGGCACACAACCACCCUUCAUGUUCGAAAUGGGAGUCUUUCUCCCGCUCUUUAUCACUGCGCUUAAAUGCCGCUUUCCUCAACUGCGGCGUCAAGCCAUCAGACUUAUGAUGGAAGAAGCUCCGCCAGCGCAAGGGCUGUUUAUGUGUGGACCUGCUGCUCAUGUGAUCGCAGUUAUCGUGGCUCUGGAGGAGAACCCUAGUGUGGCGAGUGAGCAGCCAUUGGAAGUCAGCCGGUUUCUCAAGGAACCAGACUGUAUCCCUCCAUCCCGGAAUCGUGUUUGGGAAUUCAGUGUCUCGUCUGAUAUGAAUAGCGAAGGGAAGAUGCAGAAUUGGCUGCAUUAUAGCAUUCGCAACUUUGAUGACGACGACGAGGGUCGGAUACAAUUCACGCAACGCAGUAUACUAUUCCCAGGACUCAAUACCCCUUUAUAUGAAUUAUGA